AAAAAUCGCUUUGCAGUUUUGGGGCAGGCUUGUGUAUUUUCUCCUCGGCUUGUUUUCAUUCGGAGUGAGGGAUCGGAGUUGACAAAACAAAUGUGCGGCGUGGAGUCACGAGCGGGAGCCUCGCAGUUCAGCUGGAUGUGCAGGUGAUGGACACGGAGAAGAAGCGAGAAGAGCGCAGCGCACGCGGACCACACGAUCGCAUUUCACCGCUGCACUUCGCGAAUCAGUAACAUCUAAACAUUUAGGCAGACUCGUGUGUUAACAGCGGUCGAUCAGUGGCCGCAGGACAGCCAGUGACUGCUGCUCACUUUCAGCCGCUAACGUUACUUUGCUGCGAAGUUGCUGUCGCGCGUACCUGUUUAGACGAGUUUUGAAUGCGUAAUGAGGUUUACAUCGGCGAGACCACUUGUUGAAAUCUCACGAAACUAACUCAAGUAUUGUGGGCAAUCAGGAUAACCGAAUUGGCUGUAUAAGUGAUUCGUUUAAGAGGUCGCACGAGUGUUUGCUGUCAUUUACUGUCGGUUUGAGAGAAAUCGCUUGUAUUGUUUUGAUUAUCAUAUCGCUCAUUAGCUGGUUAGCUGUCACGGCUGACUUUACCCCGUACAUUAGCGAGCAAUAUCAAUCAAUUACGCACAUUCAGACAGUUAUAUCACCAGCUGUCAACCUUAAUUCAUAAAUAAUGGUAGGCACUUAAGUAUUUAUGUGGAAUCAUGAAAAUGCAUAAUUAAAAUCGCCCUUGUCAGAAUCCAAAGUAUUUAGCUCGCUAGCUAGAGUCGCUACUGAACUUGUUUCGUAAAUCCAAGUGAAAUAUUUGAGCUUUUCUGUUUGAUAUUAAGCAGUAUUUCAUUUAUCAUACUGUUUUUACGCCAUACAACGCAAAAGCUGGGUUCGUCAUGUCAAACGAAACUGAGUAUUUAGCGAUGUCCAGUUUCCUGACAAACUUUUAGCGAAUUCGGAUCAUCGUCUGUAUACAAAUAUUGUCAUUAUUAAAAUAAAAGGAAUUUUCAGAUAUCAUCGUUAAUUGGCGCUCUAGCAAAAUUAAGUCCAUUAAGUUGUUAAUAAUACGCUUUCAUCGCGUUUUCCAGCUCAUUAAUGGUUGCAAAUUAUAGCGACCUCAUCAAACAUCAUUAAAGAGACUGGACUGUACUCAUCCUCGCUUUUCAGCCAUGGAGGGACAACUUAAGCACAUUUAACUUCUAUAUCGAAGACAUUAAGCUGUCAGUUUUCUGCGAAGAUUAUCACGAAACUCUGCGGCCCGACCAUGUCUGGAUCCCCGGGCUCGAGUGGCUCCAACCCGCGGAAGUUCAGCGAGAAGAUCGCGCUGCACAACCAGAAACAGGCGGAGGAGACGCGGGCCUUCGAGCAGCUCAUGACAGACCUCACCGUCUCAAGGGUGCAGUUCCAGAAGGUCCAGCAGCUCCGUCUGUCGCAGAAUCGGGCACAGUACUACGGUGGCUCGCUUCCCAACGUCAACCAGAUAGGAAAUGCCAGCACUGAUUUCCAGGGGACGUUUCCCUCAGGCCUGGACUCUGUUCGAGGAACCAGACACCAUGGUCUGGUGGAGAGAGUCCAUCGAGACCGCAAUCGGAUCAACUCACCGCACCGCAGGCCCAUUGACAAGCACGGACGGCAGGCUGAGAGCUCUCCGUAUGGAACGAUGUACCUAUCUCCUCCGCCUGACAACAGCUGGAGAAGGGAGCAACCGCCAUGGACCGAAGAGAAACGACCUGGAUUUAGAUUAAUAUCACAGCUUAACAGAACAAACUCUGACUCGGCUCUACACACCAGUGCCAUGAACCCAAACCCACAGGAUCCUUUUGGCAUGAACCAGCAGAUGGGCAGAGGACCACCUCAGCGGAAUGCCAGCAUGAAUGAAGCAGAGGUGGACAGUUCUGGAGAUGUGUUCUCAUUUCCUGCUGUCCCUAAUGAGGAAAAUCUGCUUGGUGUGAAUAAGCCAAUGCCCAAACAACUAUGGGAAGCCAAAAAGGUGCAGUCUCUGUCCUCCCGGCCAAAGUCCUGUGAAGUGCCUGGAAUCAAUAUAUUUCCAUCUCCAGAGCAGAACGCGGGUCUGUCCCACUACCAGGGCACGUUAAACACUGGCGGGUCUCUUCCUGACCUCAGUAACCUGCACUUCCCCUCUCCUCUGCCCACUCCGCUGGACCCCGACGAGGCUGGAUAUCCCAAUCUGAGCGGAGGCAGCAGCACCGGCAACCUGCCCGCGGCCAUGAUGCAUCUGGGCAUCGGAAACUCACAAGGGCUGUCAUCCUCUCUGAGCAACCCUUCCAUCCAGGCAUCCCUCACCAACUCUCAGCUGCACUCGUCUCUCAGUAACCCCUCACUCCACUCGUCUCUGCGCCUCUCCUCGCUGUCCAACCCUCCUCCGACGGGCAUGGCGAGUUCACCCAGAAGGCGGCCGGCCCCCAUUAGUCCCCUGACGCUCUCUCCAGGGGGAGAUCAGAGGAGAAGCCUGAGCAAACAGCUCUCGCCGACAAUGUCACCCUCUCUAUCUCCAAUCACACAGGGGGUUGCAUUGGACACCAGCAACUUGCCGAUGGAGCCUCCUCCUCCUUACCCCCUUUACCAGCAAAGCCAGCAGCCGCAGCCUCCACAGUCCCAUCAGGCCAUUCAACAGAGCUCACAGCAUCCAGGGGUGCAGCAGCGAACAGCAAGUGGACAACAACAACAACAGCAGCACCAGCACCAGCACCACCAGCCUGUGUCCCCACUGCAGAACAUCCAGCUGGACUUUAACUCCAGUACUCACAACAGCAUGGCUGGGUUUUUUAAUGAUCCAUUUAUGGAGCAGCAGUUCUCUGGACGUCAGUCAAAAUGUUCAGCCUAUCAGCAGGAUCAGUAUAAUAUGUUGGAGAAUGUGAUGAGCUCUAUGGCAGGAGGAUUUGACCCUUCCUCCAACCUCUACUGCUCUCAGGCUGCACUCAUGGGUUUGGGUGGCAGUCAUGGCAACCUGCACGACCACCUUCAGAUGAGGCCCAACAUGCUCUACUCCAAUUGUGGAGGCGGAGGAGGAGGAGUGCCCAACAUCAUCCUCACAGACGACUCCAAUCCCAGCCUGUCUAAAGACAUCAGCAGUGUGUUGUCUGCAGUUCCGGAGUGUUUGGACUCAGAGGGAGUUUUCCCACUUGAGGAUGAACUGCGCAUCGAGCCGCUCAGUUUGGACGGACUAAGCAUGCUCAGUGACCCCGACAUGGUCCUGCCUGACCCCUCAGUAGAGGACAGCUUUCGCAGCGACAGACUUUAGAAAGCCACAUCAUUCAUACGUACACACAAAUACAUACAUAAGUCCAUUAACGUGGCGACUAAAGCACAGAAAAUUUAGCACUCUGAUUUCUACAACUUUUUUCCUCCCUUUUUCUGUUUUACAUUUGACAUUUUCUUCAGCAAAAAGCGCAUGCAUAAACACUACAUGGUGUAAAGUGAAUCAUCGCCACUGGCUUGAUUUACCCAGACGUCGUCUCUCAGCGUCCGCCAUUGCUCAGCAUUCUCCAUCUGCCUCCAGAGACGCCCUCAGCAGAUGUGGGAAACCAUCUCGAUGCUUCACUCACGCUUUGACCUGCAAAGACAAUGAAACAACAAACAUUCUGCCGUGCAUCUACUCAUCGUGCCGAGUGACAAUCAGAACACUGAAGCCAUAGCAAUGCCAAACCAAUGAUGACUGGUUCAGGCCAGUGCAUUGCUAACUCAAAGCCAUGCAACCCCAAAAUAUAAAUAAAUGAAUGAAUGUGCUUGUUUUACACCGUACUUUUGGAUGCUAUCAAAAGGUCACACCAGCUUUCGAUGACAUUUCGAGAGCAGCAAAAAGGAUGGGACGCUUCUGGAAAUGAAGACGUGUUGAGGAACAGAAGGAGUCGACAGCCGGAGAAAUACCAGCCCAUAUUGAUGCACCAAAUGCUGUGAUACGAGACACCAGCAGGAUGGGUUGAUCUUUCCUUCCCCCCCACUUUUUGCCACGCCAACCGACCCUCGUUUCAGAAGAACCAGAACGUGCUCAGUCGUCUACUGAACAGACGCAUCCAAAAUAACUAACAGUGUCACUGUCUGAAGUUCAGAGCAUGCGCUACCGCUAACCGCAAGAUAAUGCUGUGACCAAUCAGAGGUCGCCUUGCUACCCGCAUGUGAAAUCUCAGUCCGUCCUUUAGAUGUGGCCAGUCUGCUUCUUCAGACGAUGAUAUUCAGUGAAUCGCGCCUCCUCUCCGGCAGUCGAGUGCUAGAAAAAAAAUGGAGGGAGGAUACUAGAUCGUGUGUAUAGUGCAUUAUUUUGCAGAUUUUUUUGUUUUGUAUAAAAAGAAAAAAGUUAUAAAAGAGAGCUUUGCCACAUAUAUAAAUAUAUAUAUAUAUAUAUAAAUAUAUGCCUCACAAUUUUUCUGUCUUGACUAGAAUGUAUUUUUGACACAGAAAAAAGGGCAAACUGUUUACAAAGAUAAAGUUUAAGAACUACGAAUUGUGAGUAGGCGCUGAAAUUUUUAUGAUUUUGGUAUAAAUCGACAAGAUUUCAAGAAAAAAACAACAACCUUUGUAUCUUGCUGAUGUUGAUCCAGUCCACAAGUUAGCGAUUAGAAGCUUUGGCUAUGCAGAACUUUAGCGCAGGACUGUCUCUGGAACAAUCUAGACCAUAAAAAGGAACUAUUUUACUUGUAUAUUUCCUAUAUCUUUGUGCGUAUUUCAGAUUUUAUACAGACUUGUAAUGCGGCUUCUAAUAUGUCAGUUGUAUUUGUACUUGUUAAUCUGUUUAUUUUCUCGUUGUUUUUUUUACUUUUGUUGUGGAUGUCUACUUUCGUAAGCGUUUGUUGUGAUGGUGUUUUUCAGCAAUGUUCAGCAUGGGCCCUCUCUUUGCAGCUCUGAUCCUUGUGAGGGGGUUUUACAGGGGGGAGAUUUAAAAUGUGUGUUUUGUGGACGUGGGACACAUGUAUCGUUGUUAUUGCUCAUGUUUGCACUGAUCUGAACAAAAAGGAAAACCAAUUCAGGUGUUUUUGUUUGAUUAUUUGCGAUGACGCAGAGAUAUUUUGUUAGGCUUCUCCGCAUGUUUUGCAUGUGAGGAUUUUGAAAUGUACGCAGUAUAUUUUGUGAAUGACUAGAUUCAAAUGACCAAAUAUUUUGAGAUGAAGAAAAGAUGUCUAAGUAUAGCUCAGGAAUGUACUUUAUUUUUUAUUUUUUUCACCAUAUCGUGAGUGGCUCUGUGCUGAAAUCCUGCCUCUUGACUGCCAGAUCCAAAAUUGUUCCCAGAGAAACUGUUGUGAUGAUCCGAAACACACUCUUCUUUCUGUGUUGUUUUCUGUGUGGCUUUCUAUUGCAGUUGGCAAUAGAAAGCAAUAGCAACAUUAUCUGUGUGCCAUGUCCACAAUUUCUUUCUUCCUUCUUUUUUUUUUUUUUUUUUUUAACUCUUCAUUGGUGUAUAUUUAUGCAUUCAUCCAGGUCAUAUUACAGAGUUUUGGUCAAAAUGAGUAGUUUUGACUAAAAUUCUUCCCCCCCUUUUUUUUUUAAGAGUUUCUCAUAGUGGUCCAAGUAGGCAAGAAGAGAGGAGGAUUGAUACAAGCAGAGAUAUAAAGCAACCGUUCACCCAGAAGUGAACGUCAUGUCAUUUACUCAGCCUUUCUUUCAUUCUUAUGUUUCAUUCAAAGACCUGUGUUGCUAAUCAGACAUUUCCUACUAUAAAAGUCUGGUUGCCAACAAGAAUAUCAUCUUUUGUGUUCAACACACAAGUCAUACAUUUUUCAAAACUCUCGAGGGUGAGGAAAUGCUGAGCAAAUGUUCAUUUUUGGCAUAACUAUCCCUUGAAGGUGCAAUUUUUGUUUUGUAGGCAUAAAAAGAUCCAGUGUCUAUAAAAGAGUAGUGAUGCAUGAAGCACUGCUCACACAGAAGUCUCUUUCAAACCAGUUUUCUAUUGGUUUAUUCUGCCAUUAAACCAAUAGAAGUCUUUCACCAUUAUACACGGAUUCCUAAUAAAAUAAAUGGAUUUUGCCUGCAAAAAUUUGCCUAAAAGCCUAGAACCAUAUCUUUAAAACCAACUCCAUUUAUACUGAGGGUGUCUAGGACUGUUUUUAUAAUUUAACAGAUUUUAUAGGGAGGGUUCACCCAAAAAUGAGAAUUCUAAAAAACUCUAAAAGGUUUGGAACAACUUGUGAGUGAGAAAAUGGUGAGUAAAUUGUGCGCUAUCACUUCACCUCCUACACAGAUCUAGAGGUUUACAGGACUCUCUAAAUGGGAAAUAGCACCCCAACCAAAGCCCUCAAUUAACCCACCGAAGGGCACUUCAGAGGGAAAACAAUCAGGGCAUCCAUCAUGAAGUGUUGUUCCAAAUUGAAGUGCUCAAACUGGCCACUUCAUAGGACCCUUCGGAAUGAAGGGUACAACUAAUAGUGGACUUUGGGCCCCUAUGAUGUUUUGCACAGCAAAACUUGGUUGGUGUCACACAAUGCGUUUCAUUCAGAAGAACUCAUCCCUAUGCCCUAACCUCUUCAAAGCUACUUUGCAAGGUGAACGCUUUAGAGGGAUUAGGGCAUAGUGAUGAGAGGAAUGGAACACGCACUGUUAAUGAAUCUGAAGACCCUAAUUAGAUUGUUCAGAUCUUUAAUUUGGGCUGUAGAUAAACUCUCCAGGAAUAUGUUUGUACUCUUUAAAGGGGUAGUUCUCCCAGAACUAACAGUUCUGACAUCAUUUACUCACCCUUCACUUGUUCCAAACCUGUUUGACUUUCUUCUGUAGAACACAAAAGAAGACAUUUUGAAGAAAGUUGAACCCCCAAUGACUUCCAUAGCGUUUGUUUUUUCUACUAUGGAAGUCAAUGGUUACAGGCUUUCAACAUUCUUCAAAAUAUCUUCUUUUGUGUUCAACAGAAGAAAGAAACUCAUAAAGGUUUAGAACCACCUGAGGAUGAGGAAAUCUUCAUUUUUGAGUGAACUAUACCUAUAAUCUUGGGUAAAUCUGUUCCCCGUUACCAGAUUUGGCUUUCACCCCUGCAGCUGCAGAUUCAUGUUGUUUGAUAAUGUUGCUCUUAAGGAGUAUUAGAAGCUUCUAUUCUAGAUCAUGAUGUUUAAGGGUAAUACUGGGCUUUUUUUGGCAAAAAGCGGCUUCUCUUUAUAGAACUAACAUCUUUUUUAUCAUCUCACUUAUCUGUUAUUUUCUCCAUUGAUAUUGGAAGUUUUAUAAAUAUGGACCGUGGCAUCACGUUUUAAGAGUUGGAGUGGUUGAUUGAUUGGUUGUAGACUGUUCCCAUCUCUCUCGCCUUAUUCUCUUGACCACAUGCUGUCCCUGUGAGUGUACUGUGAUACUUUCAUAUUUUUUUAUUUUCCAUUUCCUGGCCCUGUGAUCUAAUGGCAAAAAAAGGUGUUUAAUGGCUUUUUUAAUAUAGUCUUCAUACCAACAUAUUAGUUUAUUUCUUCUGUUUAUAGAAGGAUUUUCCUUUUCAUUUUAUGUUUUGUCUUUUUUGUCACCUUUUUAAAAAAUGUACAGUUAUAUUAUUUAAAAAUAUUUUCUUGUCCACUAGUGUUACUUCCUUUUUUGUAAUAUGCCAUAUAAUUUUUUCUUAUAUUACAGUUUUACUAUAGCCAUGGUUUUAAAUCACUGUCCGUGGAUCCACAGCAAGGCACUUUCGUGUUCGUCUUGCUUAUUUAACACAGCAGAUUGAGGUAAUGAGAGAUUUACAGGAAGUGCAGAGCUGUGAGUCUCCAGGACCAGCAUUGAAAACCACUGCUCUACACCGCAAGGCGUUUGGUUUGUGAAGUAUGUUAUAGUGCUUUCCUUUUGAUUUAAUAUAAACAAAUAAAACUCUUUAUUGUCGAA